AUGGCGUCGCCGGCCCAGGAACAGUCGCAGUCGGUACGCUUCAGCGAUGUCAACCAAGAAAUCGAGCCUGAGAAGGCCGUUGAACCGCUAUGCGACCUCACAGGGUCCGGAAAAGGUGCCCGCGAUGGCCCAAUGAGCCCUGAGGCCGAAGAAGAGCUGCGUAAUCUGUCGACAACACUGCAGAAGUCCCGCUGCCAGGCCAAACGCAUGGAGAACUUUUCGUUUGAGCCCGUCUCACUGCCGCCAUCAAGAGAAGCAGUCGAGCGACCCCGCCAUGAUGACUCCGCAGGUGUCUCCCCCACACGAAACUCCUCCAACAUCGAUGGACUCAUCGGUGCAAAGUGCCGAACCGGCGACAACCCAUACACUCGCUCGAAACGUGCGGCGCAGGCCAGGAAUCUAGAUUCGGUGGAAGCUAGAUAUAUUUUUGGUGGCCCCGAGGGUCGACAUGGUCAAUCAUCGUCAUCUGCUUCUCUUCUGCCACGAUCGCGGGGUGGUGCCGAGAAGGAGGAAAGCAAGAGAUCGAGCUUCUUUGGCGGCAACGGAAAAUCCUCUAGCCGCCACAACUCCAAUGAUGGGACCAGCGAGGCAAAGGCCGCCGCUGGCAAGCAGGGUCAUGGAUCCAUGUCUGAACUCAAGCGCUUCUUCAAGAUCGGGCACAGAAACAAGGACAAAGACAAGGAAAAGCGCAAGGAGUCUCCCGCCCCAUCCAUCAAGCGUGAGAAGCAAAGCAAGUCUAGCAAAUCCGGCACCAUGACCCCACCUCUGACUGGUGGCGGUUCUUUCCACAUUCCCUUCGCGGACGACCACGGUCUCCAAAGCAAGUAUGGAAAGUUCGGAAAAGUUCUUGGGUCUGGUGCUGGAGGCUCAGUCCGAUUGAUGAAGCGGAGCAGUGAUGGAGUGACGUUCGCCGUGAAGCAAUUCCGAGCAAGACAUUCGUACGAAUCUGAGAAGGACUACAACAAGAAAGUCACGGCCGAGUUCUGCAUAGGAUCAACACUGCACCAUGGCAACAUCAUCGAAACCAUGGAUCUGGUAAAUGAGAAAGGCAGCUAUUUUGUAGUCAUGGAGUACGCUCCCUGCUGCACACUUCAAAUAUUGAACGGAGUGACUUACCUCCACAACAUGGGUCUGGCUCACCGCGAUCUGAAGUUGGACAAUGUGGUCGUGAACGAGCAUGGCAUCAUGAAGAUUAUCGACUUUGGAAGUGCUGCUGUCUUCCGAUAUCCGUUCGAGGAUGAAACUGUCCUAGCAAGUGGCAUUGUCGGCUCCGAUCCCUACCUUGCUCCAGAGGUAUACGAUCUCUCCAAGUACGAUCCGCAACCCACAGAUAUCUGGUCCCUCGCAAUUAUAUUCUGCUGCAUGACGCUGCGAAGAUUCCCGUGGAAAGCUCCAAGGGUAUCUGACAAUUCAUACAAGCUGUUUGUAUCACCUCCAAAUGACGGACCGAAAUCAAUCACGGGUCCGUCCAAAUCAGCCACCGAUCUUCAGCAUGAAGGCGACGAUCGACGUCAGCCCGGCGCACAGUCGGAGCCUGUCUCCCGACAUCAGAGUGGCGAUCAUCAGAACGACCAUCGCAACUCCACGACUUCCACCAGUCAAACGCCGCAAGUGAUUAAGGGUCCAUGGCGAUUGUUGCGCUUGCUCCCCCGAGAGAAGGUCGACCCAAAGAAGCGAGCCACGCUUGAUGAGAUCAUUGAGGACAAAUGGGUGACUGGUAGCUACGUUUGCUCGCAAGAAGAGGGUGGCCAGGUGCUUCGGGCUGGUUCCCACGAACAUACGCUCGAGCCUGGUGCCGGCACCGCUUCCGCCCCCAAUACGCAACAGAAGAAAUGAGCUGGACGCAAUGUAUAGAAGAUACGGGACGUUGAAGAACAAGCCAUAGGCGUUCGGCUCCAAAGCCUUAGCCAAUAGCGGCCAGUAGGUCGCCUUGCUGAGCCGUGGGAGCUGAAAUUGGCCAGGCAAGACGGACUGUUUGACUCUCUUCACGACUUGACGCUCACUGCAUCGUGCGGUGUUGGUCAUCUGCUUUCUCUCAUCUCAUUUACAUGCGGCAGAUCGGCGUUCAGGCAUAAUCGCUUCUCACGUCAUGGAGCGGCUUCGGAUAGACUGUGGGGUAACCGCUUCUUAUUUUUUCCCUUACUUAUCCUCCCUUGCGUAAAUGCCCCAUAUUCUUCUUGUAAUGUAGAUUGACUCUGGAAAUGCGAAACGAUUGGAAAAGCGGCAUUCGUCCAGGCGACGGCCGGGUUGUUGUUGGAUGUAGAUACCUUUGUCGGCGCACGUGCGGCGCCUUCACUAUAUAAAAGCAUGCAAUUGUUGCGACG